AAGCACCUGUCACUCUAAGUAAACAAACCAUGUCGGCCGGAGAAGUUGGGGAGGAGGUGUUUGUGUGCAAUGAAGUGGAUCUCGUAGGAUCUGACAGAAAACGGGUGACGGUGUGUGGCAGAGAUGUGUUUGUAAUAAAAGUGAGAGGGCAAUUCUUUGCCAUGGACAGUUUCUGUUAUCAUGCAGGAGGCCCCCUGCACUCAGGACAGAUUGAGGACAUUGGUCAGUGGACCUGUGUACGAUGUCCCUGGCACAACUAUAUGAUCUGUGUGGCCAAUGGCGAGGGAAUAUAUCAGUCCAUAGAUCCAUUCAACAUGAAUAAGCCUCCGGAAAUGAAGUCGAAGGGUGUGAAGCAAAGGACACAUGUUGUGAUACGAAGGGAUGGCAAGCUGUUUGUGAAGCUGUCUAGUAUAGACCAUACUGUGGAAUCGGACCACUACAACUGUACAGAGUACAGGGAGAAGUACAGUCUGAGGUGACACUUUGACUGUCAGGAGAAGAUAGGCAUUUACAUAUCUCUGAAAUGUAGAGAACUGCACAGGGGUGCUUCGUCAUAAGGUCUUUUGGAGAGGAAUGUUUUCAGUUCAGCUUUAAAACUUGUGACGUUGAUUGUGUUACGGAGAUGAGCUGGAAGCGUGUUCAGCAUCUCAGCACCAGCAGUGGAAGAAGAUGUCACCAUAGGUUGCUGUAUGUUUGUUUUUAUUUAACGCCGCACUCAGCAAUAUUCCAGCUAUAUGACAGCAGUGUGUAAAUAAUCGAGUCUGGACCAGACAAUCCAGUGAUUGACAUCAUGAGCAUCUAUCCACGUUAU